CGGGGUAGGCGCGAACUGUGAAUGGGGUGAGGUCUCCCAAUGUGGGUACGCUAGGCAGGGGUAGAUGCCCCGCGCUAAAGACUCCCGUGCCGUUUUCUGCAGACCAUUUUGCUGGCAGCGCCUGCAGUGCAGCGUGGCGGCAGGCAUUGGCAGGCAUGUACCACCUUUGCCCGGUGCCUUCUCCCUGCCAGUGGCAGCACCAUGCACGACGGCGUACCACACUGCACCGCACCUCUGAAAGGCAAGAUCGCGUCGUUUCUCUUUCCACUUUACGCGUCUACACCAAAAGAGGCAAUCAGCUUCCCCCCGUUUCUCUCUGCCCGUAACCACCAUCCUUUCCCCAGUCAACUGCAGUCGGGUGUUUCUUUCUGUUUGUGUGUCUCCCUGUAGUGUACCUAUAAGGUUUUUCCCAUACGGACAGACGGACGGCCAUCCCGCUGAGAGAUCGAGAUUUCGAAAAUGCGAUUCAAGACGGAGCUCAAAAAUAUCCGUACCUUUUCCAAACUCACCGCUGCCCUCAACUCGCUCGAGAAGAUCGCAUGGGUUCGCCUAGACGAUGAAACAGCACGCUUCACCGUCAUUCCUGACACGGGUUCUCAGGUCUGGUCUUCUCUACCCAUGGACUUCAUCUUUGACAGCUACCACAUCCAAUCCGCCGAAGACCACAACACCAUCAAUCUAGAGCUGCCACUGCAACCCCUCCAACGUGCCCUACGUUCAGCGCUCAACAGUACCUCCGCCUCGCUGCGUCUGACCAAGAAGGAUGGAAUCCCCGUACUGUCCAUGACCAUCACGACCACGACGAACGCCUCCUCGGGGUUAGGUCUCCCGGGCCGCAACGCCGCCUACGCCGGUCUUGAAAAUGACCCUUUUGACGAGGACGACCAGGGAUUCGCCGCUGAGCAUCUAGAGACGUCUCUGCGUCGCGAGCGCGAGAAGAUCAUCACCCAGGACAUUCCUGUUCGGGUGCUGCAUCCAGAAACGGUAGAGACAAUCAUGCAGCCCACGGUGCGCGAGACAGACGUGCACAUUACCAUGCCGCCUCUGCUCCAACUCAAGGCCAUCUCGGACCGCUUCACCAAGCUCGCGCUCUCGUCCGGCACAAACUCCCGCGUGAGCCCCAAGCUGGAGCUCAGCGCCAACAUGUUUGGCAACCUGAAGCUGCGGAUCGCCACCGAGGCCGUCGAUGUCUCGAGUACGUGGUCGGGACUCGUCAAUCCGGAGUUGGACCCCUCGCAGCUGGAGAUGCCCGUUGAUGAACACCCGAGUGUCAAGUUCAAGGAGGGCGGCCCGGAGAAAUGGGCAACGGUGCGGGUGGAUGGCAAGGACUGGAGCCGGGUGCUGAGUGUAGGCCGGCUCGAGGGGAGAGUCGUGGCUGCUUUCGCAGACGAUCAUGCUUUGAUUCUGUACGUUUACGUGCCGCAGUAUGAUGACGCCACAGCAGAUGACGCCGUACUUACCUACUACGUGACAUCAUUCAGCGCAUGAGCCUUGUUUACGAUUUUGGCCCGUCAAGGAUGGCAUUGUAAUGUAAUCAUUCGGGAAUGGCGUUCGGGUUGAUACUAAGUAGGUACACUGAGGUAGAUGUCGGCGUUUAUGUGAACCCCAGGGGCUGGAUCAAUCUGCAGACCAUUUUGAAGUUGAGGCCGAUACUGGGAUUCUGUCUUCGCAAAGUCACUGGUCAAAGGGUCUCUACCAAGCUUUAAUGGGCUAUAGAUUCGCAUGCGAUGACGUCGUGCGUGUCAGUUAUCAAAAUGACCAGGCACUAUUGAUUGUUGGUUCUCGCUCAA